AUGGCGGAAGCGUCAAUUCGAAACGCUAAAUCCGAAAUCGACGGAGAGGAACAGACAUUCAAGAUCCGAAGACUGGAGAUCUCCGAUAAGAGAAAGGGAUACAUGGAGCUUCUAGGCCAGCUCACCGUCGCCGGAUCAGUGACCGACGAGGAAUUCGAUCGGCGGUUCGAGGAGAUCAGCUCGUACGGAGACGACCACUUGAUCUGCGUGAUCGAAGACGAGUCGUCGGGGAGAAUCGCGGCGACGGGGAGCGUGAUGAUAGAGAAGAAGUUUCUGAGGAAUUGCGGGAAAGUUGGGCACAUCGAAGACAUUGUCGUGGAUUCGGGAGUUCGCGGGAAGCAUCUGGGGAAGAAAGUGGUUGAGUUUCUAACGGAUCACUGCCGAUCGAUGGGUUGCUACAAGGUGAUUCUCGAUUGUAGCGUGGAGAAUAAAGUGUUCUAUGAGAAAUGUGGCUUGUUCAAUAGAGGCAUUCAAAUGUCUAAGUACUUCGAUUGA